AUGGUGAAUAUCGAAGAAAUUCCAGAUGUUCACCGUCAUGUUGAAAGUUCCGAGUCUGAUGAUUUUGUUGUUGGCUCUGACAAUGAAAAUUCAGAAUUUGAGAUGAGUGCAGAACAAGUCUCUGAGAAUAAUAAAGCUGAUCCCACAUGUCAGGUUGGUGCAGAUAGUACUAAGUAUUGGACGCCUAAAUGUGAUGAAACAAAGAAGCCAAAACUGAAUCAGCAUUUUUCCACUCUAGAUGAGGCAUUUGAUUUUUAUCGAGAAUAUGGAAAGGAAUGUGGUUUUGAUGUCAUCUCGUCAACAAAGAAAUCUGAUAGGUGGGGUAAUCUGUAUGCAAAGUAUUAUCAGUGUAGUCGUGGUAACAAGCCUGAUACCAAAAAAUUUCGUGACUCUGCUGAACAUGUCCUCCAAGGACCGUGCAAGAGGACCACAUCCAAAAGAUGUGAAUGUAGAGCACGGAUAAUAAUGAAGCGUGCUGGUCUUAGGGGCUUUGUGCUUAUGGGAUUCAUAGAGGAACACAAUCACCCAUUAGCAACUGGUAAAGAGAAAAUGUUUCUCAGAUGUAAUAGGAAUUUGUCUACGCCAUAUCAGAACUUCAUACUUGAUUGUUCUCGAGCCAAUAUUGGUCCUACACGUGCCCAUAGUUUAUUGAAGGAGAUGACCGGGUCUUAUGAUGAGAUUGGAGCGACAGUUGAUGAUUUCAAGAAUUUUUCUCGGGAUGUGAAAGUGCGUAUUGGCCCGCGUGAUUGUGACAAGCUACUGUCCAAGUUCAAGUUGGAGAGAAUAAAAUCUAAGAACCGCUUUUAUUAUGAAUACAAAGUUGACACUGAAGGGCACUUGACUGGUCUUUUUUGGACUGAUGUUGUGGGGCAGGCCAAUUAUGAUGUGUUUGGCGAUAUAGUGUCAUUUGAUCCUACUUUCCGAACAAAUAAGUAUCAUAUGGUGUUCGUUCCAUUCACUGGAGUCAAUAAUCAUUGGAAGAACGUUACAUUCGCUGCAACUCUUUUAGCUAAGGAAGAUUACAAGAAUUUCAAAUGGCUCGUUACUACUUUCCAAAAGGCAAUGGGUCGUGCCCCAAAAACUGUCAUUACAGACCAAUGUAAAGCAAUAAAGAAGGCCUUGGAUAAAUGUUGGCGUUCCUCAACACAUCGUCUGUGUAUGUGGCAUAUUAUGAACAAGUUGCCGAUGAAGGUUGGUCCAAAACUGGCCUCGGAUAAGAAAUUUGUUGGUAGACUAAAGGGGGUGGUAUAUGCCGAUCAUCUCGCACCUACUGAGUUUGAAACCGAAUGGAAAGAGGUGAUAGAGGAAUUCAAAUUAGAGGACAAUACGUGGUUGUCUGAAAUGUUUGCUAUCCGCGAUCAAUGGAUUCCAGCCUAUUUCUCUGGUAUUGAGAUGGCUGGUUUACUCAGAACAACUUCUCGUUCUGAGAGUUCUAACUUUUUUUUCCAACAUUAUCAUGAGAGCGGGGAUACUCUUGUAGAAUUCUAUUCAAGUUUUGAAAGCGCAAUGGAUAAGCAACGUUUAAUAAAUGAUACUGAUGAUAGGAGAUCUCAAGAAAUUCCAUUGUCUGAUUCGCCAAUGCAAAUUGAAAUAGAUGCUUCCAAGAUCUACACUUUAGAAAUUUAUUAUCUUGUGCGGGAGGAAAUAAGAUCAGGGUGUUGCCAUUGCAUUGUUGAAGACAGAACAAAAGAACUAGAUUUUUCAGCUUUUAAAAUCAAAGAUAUGCUGCUGAAUGAUAAAAUUUUCGAGGUUAUGGUGAUCCACAGUGACAAGCAUGUAACAUGUAGCUGUAACUUCUAUUUCCGUAAAGGUUAUCUUUGUAGACACGCAUUUGCAGCGUUGCAUCAUUGUGGCGUAAAAGAAAUACCUCGCGAGUUUGUGAAGCCAAGAUGGACCAAAGAUGCCUUAAAGAAUUUUUCUUUUUUAGGUUCAUCUGAUGUUAAUGAUCAGAGCAACAAAGAUGAUAGAACAAAACUUAAGAGGACCAGGGCAUGGUUUGAUUUCAACAAUUGUCUCAAUCUUGCUGGUGAUGAUGAGGGUAAGCUGGACUCGGUUUUACAAGCCUUAGAGUCAGUCAACUCUUCACUGUCAGAAGGUUUAGGGUCAUCUGACUCCGCUGGUAAGGCUCAUAGAGUUGACAAGUUCUAUGGACCAGUAUCGGAUAAAGAAAUUUCUGUGCAGAAUCCACAUGUUAGUCGGAACAAAGGUUGCGGAAGUCGUUUGAAGAGUAGCCGUGAAAUAGCUGCUCAAGAUAGAAAAAAGAGGAAAUGUGGGAAUUGUAAUAAGUUAGUGCGCCACAAUGUUCGUACAUGUCCAGAGCCUAUUAAGAACGGUUCUGUUUAA